UCUAGUCGCAGGGCGAACUAUUGUGCUUUGUUGUGAAACUGAAGGGGAAAAGUAAAACAGCUUUACCGUAACCUGAUAACUUAGCUUCCUUUUGAAUUGUUGUGCUGUUAAGGGAUAUCUUAAAUCGGAGAAUUAUACAUAAUGCCGUUAAGUUACAUGAUUUCUAGUCAGUCAAAUCUAAUAAUAUUGUAAUGAAUCGACCCGUGGAGCCCAUUUACUUUUGCUUGUUUCGGGCUCUUGUUAGCCUACGGUGUUUGUCAAUGACAAAUCAGCAAUGAAAAGUGGAAACAGUUAUAAAAAAAAGUUAGUUUCGUAAGUAAAAAGAUUAUGAUUUAUUAAGAGUAGGCCUACUCCAGUUGAUCUGAACAAAAGGUGUUUUUUCAAAGUUUCUGUGAUGCAGAGGUCAGCUGUGGUGAAUAACAGCUUCAAGCCCAUCAUCAUUAACAGAGUGGUGGUCCGAGACAAAGAGUUUCUGCAUAGACUGGGCAAAGUGCUAAAACUUAAGUGGCUACUUGGCAAAGAAGUCCAGAUUAGGAGAUCGCUUGUUGACAGAAUCAUCCCGUGUUUUGCUUGCGUAGCUGUGGAAAACAAUGAUUUCUUCUCUCUAAGUGCCCUCCUAGAGAAGAUGGAUGUCAAUUGUGGAACCUAUGACGAUGUCACACCUCUUCAUACAGCCUGUGAGUUGGGGAACUUAGAUAUGAUUAAGUUCUUGCUAGCAAAGGGAGCAUCUCCUCAAAAGGUGAACCGUUUUGGACACUGCCCAUUUUACCUGGCCAUUAAGAGCAGGUGCUGUCAUGCUGUCAAACUCCUGCACAUGAAAGAAGUCACUGUUAAUCUGCACCCUGUGAGAAUUGCCAUGGAAAUGAUCCAAGCGGUACAGAAAAGAGAUUACCCUCUGCUGCGUGUCUGGGCUCUAUCAGGGGUCGACAUGGACACUAAAGACUACGAUGGACGCACAGCAAUGCAUGAGGCAGUUUAUCUGAAAGACAAUUCUAUGAUCACCAAACUACUGGAUUAUGGAGCCACGCCACUGGAGAAAGAUGUGUGGGGACAGACAGCCAUGGAUAAUUCUCGAAGUGAAACAGCAAUCAUGGCUCUUUUUGACCCUCUUUUCACAGUGUGUUGUCCGACUAAAGAGGACUAUCUGCUGUAUAAGGCAAAUCAUGUACAGAUAAAAAAGUAGUCUUUUUGUCAGCAUAAUUAUUCUGUAUUUGUGACUUUCUCACUCUGCGAUUGUUAUGUAUAUAUAUGAGGAUAAUAAAUACGCUGCUAAUAUAUAAUAUUAAAUAAACUACUACUAAUAAAUGCAUACUACUUAAAGGGAUACUCCACCCUAAAAUGAAAUUUUUGUCAUUCCAUUCAUCAAAUACCCCAUGUCGUUCCAAAUCCGUAAUAGCUCUGUUCAUCGUUGGAACAGUCAUGAACAUUUGAGGAUAAAGAACCAAAAUGAUUAACUAUGUCAGAGGUCCUAUCUGGUGAGGCGAAGAUAACAAUUUCAGUUUUGUCCUUGUUUAACUGUAGGAAGUGUCCAUCCAACAUUUUAUGUCACACAGGCAGUCAAACAGGCCUGACAAAGAACCAUUAUUAUUUUUAAUAGGAAAGUAGAACUGAGUGUCAUCAGCAUAAAAUUGGUAAAAUAAAUUGUGUCUCUGUAUAAUAUGACCAAGUGGCAACAUAUAUAAUUCAAACAAAAGAGGACCCAUAUUGGAGUCCUGGGGUACACCAUGAUGUAUUGGGGCAUGGGAAAAAAAAUAAUUCCCCAC